AUGCCAUCAUCAUCCUCCGAUCCAAAUUCCUCCAUUAAUUCAUCAUCAUCUCAACAAGAAGAAGAAGAAGAAGAAAAACGAGAUCCCAAUUCUGAAUACAUUCCCGAUGAAGAAUAUCAACGAAGGGUGAAAAUUGCUUCGUUUUUGAAAGAUUACGGAGCCAUCCUUUCCGUGCUUAUCUCUUUUGCCGUUUAUUAUUUUGUAUUUCGGAGAGGAGGAGGAAUUACAACGAGUAGUUUUGUUUCUAAUUUAUUGAAUUCAGCAACCAAUCAACAACAACAAGGCUGGGGAUCAGAAAAAGUCCUAAGUUUGAUGAUUUUGAAUGCGAGAAUUUGGACAGGAGAAAGGCUUGAAAGCGCCAACACGAAGAGAGGAAGUGCACACUCAUAUGCCAGCACUAGCAACAUCAAAUGGGCAGAAGCUUUAGCGGUGCACAAGUCUACUGGGAGAAUUAUUGCAAUUGGAAGUAAUAGUGAUGUGUUGUCAAGGUUUUCUCCAUCGAUGGCUGAGCAUGUGUUAGAUUUUAAAAAGAAAAAACAUCGUGAUGCUACAGGUGAAGAGAAUGAAGUAGAUGUUCCUUUAAUUGUUCCUGGGUUUAUUGAUGCACAUACUCAUGUGAUUUUGGGAGGAAAAGCAAUUCUUGGAGUACAAUUGAGAACUGUUAAAAACAAGCAAGAAUUUGUGGAUAAAAUUAAAGAUUUCAUGAAUACGCACCAAUUAAAACCUGGAGAAUGGAUAACUGGAGCUGAGUGGUCAGAAACAACCUGGGAAAUUGAAGGUGAUAACAAACUUCCUCACAAAAUUUGGAUCGACUCAUUAACCUCUGAAAAUCCAGUAUAUUUAACACGUAUGGAUGGACAUUCAUGUCUGGUGAAUUCCAAAGCUUUGGCUUUAGCGGGUAUUACUAAAGAUACUGUCAUUCAAGGAGGAUCCAUUGACCUAGAUCCUCUCACGGGAGAACCUACAGGUAUUUUACGAGACAAGGCUCUAGAAUUUGUCCAGAAAAUUAUUCCACCUCUGGAUUCUGAAAAAGCUGCCUUAAUAGCAAUGGAAGAAUUUCUUAAAAACGGAAUUACAUCGGUUCAUGAUAUGGGAGCUGUGUUUAAUUUAGGAUCAUGGGAUCAAAUUGCGACUUUUACAAAAUUGCACCGUGAGAAAAAGUUGAAAGUCAGAAUUUAUGCGACUGUUGAAUUAGAGACACACAAAAAACUCACUGAUUACAUUCACACAAAUUUCAAAAAACCUAAACCCACACAUGCUGCUCUUGUGGAUGACUUUAAAUGCUGCUGGACUGAAAGUCAUGGAGGUCGAGCUGGUGACUCUUGGCUGAAAAUUGGAGGUUUAAAAGAAUUUGUAGAUGGCUCUCUUGGUUCAAGAACUGCUUACAUGUUCGAACCAUUCGAAGGAACGACCAAUAAUACUGGCCUAUUAGUCAUUGAUCCAGAAAUAUUCUAUCAAAGAGUCAAGGAAGCUGAUUCUAACCAUCACCAAAUAAUUGUACAUGCCAUUGGUGACAAAGCAAUUUCCUUACUGUUGGACGUAUAUGAACGAGUGAUUAAGGAGUCCAACGAUACCACUCGAGAUCGAAGACUACGCAUUGAGCAUGCACAGCAAAUUCGUGAAGAAGAUAUCGAACGAUUUAAAAAACUCAAUAUAAUUGCAUCCAUGCAACCAAUCCAUCUUAAAGACGAUGCCUUAUAUGCUGAGAGCGUUAUUGGAAAAAGAGCCAAACAACUUUAUAAUGUCAGAAAAUUCCUUGAAAAGGGUGUCACUGUUGUAAUGGGCACCGAUUGGUAUGUUGCGCCACUGGAUGUAUUAGAUAACAUUCAUGCUGCUGUGACACGAAAGCCAUGUCUCUCUCCCACUCAUGUCGAGAGAAGAAAUGAAUCAAAGAAUACCAAAGAUUGUGCUCCAUUCCUUCCGGAAGAAAGGAUCUCCAUUGAGGAAAGUCUUGUUGCAUAUACACAAAAUUCUGCCUAUGCUGCCUUUGCUGAGAAGGAGCAAGGAACAUUGAAAAAGGGUUAUUUGGGAGAUAUUACAAUUUUAAGUAGAAACAUACUGGCUCUCGAUGAGAAUAAUGAGCAAGAGCUUGAUUCGAUCACAACAAAAACGAAAAUCAUGAUGACCAUUGUUGGAGGAAAAAUUAUGUAUGAAAAUGAUGAUCCAUCUCUAUCGUCGCUCUAUAUUCACAAACGAGCUUAA